AUGUUUGACUGGAUUGCGGCUGCGCGCGGCGCUGUACGUUGUCGGGUGACGCGAUUUGUAAGGAGAACGACGGACAGAGAGAGAGAAAGAAGAUAGGUGAAAAGUGAGCUUGCUGCAGGGGAGGGGCAGCAGUACCCUUCUAGCUCCUCCACACAGACGAAAACCAAACAAGCCUGCCCUAAAAACAACCUAUAUCCAACGGAUCGGCGAUCGGCCACUGCAACGGAAUCGGCCGGUUAUUCGAUUCAGAACCGUUCGACUCGGCUCUAGUCGCGGCGCUUCACCAGCCCAGAGGCCGCCGAAAUAACCCCAUCGCCAUUAUAUGAUCCACUUCCCAGCGUCGCUGCUGCCCUCCAUGUGGGUGAGGGACCUGUGCGUGUCUGGCUAUGGCGAGAAAAACAGUUAGCAGGAAAAGGAAAGCAGAGGAGCCCAAGGAACAACAGUUUGACUGGUGUCAGUCUGCGAUUAAGCGUGCCCGCGUGUCCAGCUCAGCGCGUCAUGCCCAGCCCUGGUGGCAGAACCAGCAGUCGGUGGUGUGCUCCGUGAGAGGAAGGGAGUUCCGCCCGCAGCAGCAACAUGAGUGGAGCUUCCAGCAGAGUCUGCGUGGAUUCGCUGCCGGACGCAUCCCAGGAAUCCUCACAGAAAGAGAGUUCUCCCUCGGCCGCCUUAACAAGGUGUUCGCUUCCCAGUGGCUCAACCACAGGCAGGUGGUGUGCGGGACCAAAUGCAACACGCUAUUUGUGGUGGAUGUCCUCUCGGGACAGAUAACAAGGAUACCCAUGCUGAAAGACAGGGAGGGAAGGGCAGAGGUUUCCCAGGGUUUGAGUGGAGUGGGAGGCAAUUUCGACUUCCGCAAUACAGGAUCAGUCGUCGGUCUAGAUGUCCAGCAGGGAUGUGGCAUCCACGCCAUUGAGCUGAACCCCUCUCGUACAUUGCUGGCCACUGGAGGGGACAACCCCAACAGCCUGGCAGUGUACAGACUUCCCACUCUUGACCCUGUCUGCGUUGGGGAUGAUGGGCACAAUGACUGGAUAUUUUCCAUUGCAUGGAUCAGUGACACCAUGGCAGUCUCAGGAUCUCGUGACGGUUCCAUGGGUCUGUGGGAGAUAUCAGAGGAGGUGCUGACUCAAGCCGAGAAGUGUCAGAAUGUGGAUGGUGUUCCUUGUUACUCCCACAUCUCUCACAGCGCUCUCAAGGACAUCCCGAAAGAGUACACCCACCCCUACAACUGCAAAGUGCGUGCACUGGCCUUCAACAACAGCCAUAAGGAGUUGGGUGCUGUUUCUUUAGAUGGAUAUUUCCAUUUGUGGAAGGCAGAAGACAACCUGUGCAAGGAGCUUUCUACCAAACUCCCUUACUGUAAGGAGAAUGUGUGUCUGGCAUACGGUAUGGACUGGUCUGUUUAUGCAGUCGGCUCUCAGGCACACGUUUCCUUUCUUGACCCUCGGCAGUCAUCUCAGAACAUCAAAUCCGUGAGCUCCAGGGAGCGUGGCAGUGGUAUUCGCUCUGUGAGCUUCUAUGAACAUAUAGUGACGGUAGGCACUGGCCAAGGUUCCCUGCUCUUCUACGAUAUCAGGGCCCAGCGUUUUCUGGAUGCUCCAUCAAGCUCACCCAGCGGAUACCGGAAUCGCACCGCAGAGGGCAUCCUGAAAAUCAACACAGGGAGAGGAUGGCUGAAUCACGACGAAACAUGGAGAAGCUACUUUUCCGACGUCCACUCCUUCCCGAACGCCAUAUACACACACUGUUACGACGACUCCGGCACCAAACUCUUUGUGGCUGGCGGCCCCCUGUGUUCUGGCCUACAUGGAAACUACGCUGGCCUUUGGAGCUAGCCUCUAUCCUCCCUCCAUUUCGCUCUCACAUACAAUCUGCUUACAGGCCAUCUUCCAUUUUUCUUCUCACGCUUUUUCACUUCCGGUUUUGUUUCUAUCCAAGAUUAUCCUCUAUUUCUCAAAAGACUCCAGAGCACGGAUGUGAUUCUCAACCCUUUUUGAGCUUGGUCUUAUUUCUUUCUAUUUUUAUUUCCCUGUUGUACUCCUGAAUUUACAUGUGUGUUUUUGUGUGUGUGUGUGUGUG